AUGUACUUCCUGUACCGCACUCAACCAGCUCUCCGCUCUCUUACCCGUCCCUCGUCUCGGCUCUUCACCUCAACUGCCAUCCAGAACAAAUCCGCUACUGAAACCGUGAAGGAUACAGUCAAGACUCUAGAUCGAAAAGCCAGCGACGCUGCAGUGAGUGGGAUCGAGACUGCUGAACAAGCGGCGGCUAAAGCGCGCGAAAUCGCUGGCCUAAAGACUGAAGAAGCAAAAGCCAAAACCGAGCAGGCCGCCAGCCAAGCCAGCAGCAAAGCCCAGGAAGUGAAGCAUGAAACCAAAGGAAAGAUGUACGAAGCGGAGGGAAAGGCCAAGGCUACUGCCGAGGAGGUGAAGGCUAAGGGGAAAGCGAAUAUGUGA